AUGUCGCAAGAUGGUGCGUCGGACCUCCUAGGCCCAUCGCUGGCAGAUCUACCGCCACAGCCAUCCAUGUUCCGUACGGUCGACCUUUUGCGUGAAGUUGAGCGUGUGCGAGAUGCACGCAAGUGUCUGCGCAUUGAUCCGAAACUGCCUCCCGAAUCAGCCACGGCUGGCGAUGCGAAGCCUCCUUCUGAAUGGGAAGGCGUACCGCGAACAGUCGGCUUGCCGAGCGUGUGCAUGUACACCUUUUACGACGCAGAAGACGGUCUUACAAGCAGCACAUUUUCUCCGGAUCUUACACUCAUGGCGGCCGGCUUUGAAGAAAGCUACGUGCAACUAUGGAGUCUCAAGGGUGAACCAUUGCAGUCGUUAGAAAGCGACUUCAACUUGUCUGCGAUCCGCGACCGCAAGUCGCUGAACAAACAUCGUCUACCCUACAGUGGAACAUCACGGAAAUUGAUUGGGCACACGGCGCCUGUGUAUCAGGUUUCAUUUGAUCCUGUCGGUGGAAGUGGCUCAAGCCCUCGGCAUCUGCUCAGCUGCAGCGCUGAUGGCACAGCGCGUCUUUGGAGUCUCGAUACGUACGCGGCACUUGUUGCAUACCGUGGGCACCAAUACCCUGUGUGGGAUGUGUCGUGGGGCCCCAUAGGCACGUAUUUCGCCACUGCAAGUGCCGAUCGGACUGCUCGACUUUGGAGUGCCGAGCGGAUCCAUCCCUUGCGGAUUUAUGCAGGCCAUCUAUCCGAUGUGGACUGUGUGCGUUUCCAUCCGAACUCAUUGUAUCUUGCCACUGGAUCCUCUGACCGUUCAUGCCGUUUAUGGGAUGUUCAACGCGGUGCAUGCGUGCGUUUGUUUGUCGGUCACCAAUCCCCCGUCUCUUGCGUCCGCAUUAGUUCCGACGGCAGGUACCUGGCCUCAGCAAGCGGGGGUAGCACCAUUGCUGGGUUGGGUCAGCCUCGCAGUGCGCGCGCAGAUGCCUUUUCCAUCAGUCUGUGGGAUCUUGCCAGUGGACGCCGAAUAAAAAAGAUGUGGGGUCACUCCGCUCCCAUCCAUGAGAUGGACUUUAGUGCCGAUGGUGCGGUGCUUGUCAGUGGUUCGGAAGACGCUACCGUUCGUUGUUGGGACGUGCGCACUGCGCAGCAAGAGCCUAGUGCAUCAGAUGCCGACGCUAGCGCCGACUGCGUCGCGACGUAUUUCACGAAAAACACCCCUGUCUAUGACGUGCACUUUUCGCCCCGAAAUCUGUGCUUGGCUGCCGGCGUGUAUUCUGGGUCAUCCUAG